AUGAUGAACGCGGUUCUGGAUAUCGAAAAGGCGCCUCGAGGGUCUAGGGGAACCAACACUUCGUCAAAUGCCAACGAGGUUUCCCAACUGCCGGGACCCGACGCCCGUGUCGACGCCAAUAGCACAAUCAUUUUUCGAUACCUGACUUUCGAUACAGUCCUUCCCGCGCCGGUAGAUGUCCUUUUCCAAGUCUCGGCCGAGCCGCCCCCAUCAGAACCAGCAUUGCUGAACCUCUCACGCUACACCUCUCCUUUGGAAUGGCCUCAGCCACGGAAAUAUCUUAUGCUAGCGCUGUCAUGCGUCGCUACCUUUCUCACCGCGUACACGGCCGGCUCGUACUCACCACCGUCGUACAUCAUGGCUGAUGACCUUGGCACCUCUCAGCUGCUUGUUCUGACCGGAAUCACGACCUUUUGCAUUGGCUUUGCCCUCUCACCAAUGGUGCUGGCGCCCUUGUCAGAGAUAUAUGGCCGAUACCCAGUCUUUGUUAUUUCCGGCGUUGUCUAUGUUAUUUUCCAGGCCGUCUGUUCUGUUGCCCCGAACCUGACCACCAUACUCAUCGCUCGAUUUCUAGUCGGUGUCGGUGGCUCCGUCUUCAGCUCAGUCAUAGGUGGCGUUAUUGCGGACCUGUGGGCAAAGGAGCAAAGAAACACGCCGAUGGCCCUCUUCAGCGGCGCGGUACUCGCCGGAACGGGAGCCGGCCCUUUGGUAGCUUCACUCAUGGUGAAGCGGAUGGGGUCUCGGGACGGAACGUUGGCAUGGAAGUGGAUCUUCUGGCAUCAGGUCAUCGUCGACACUGUUCUCGUCAUUGCACUUGCUGUGCUGUUCAAGGAGAGCCGGGGAUCCGUUAUUCUUUCGAAGAAAGCCGAAGCUCUGAACUCGUGGUACGAAGAAAGGGAAAAGGUGGGCUUCUAUGGCGUGUGGCUGGAGGAUACGAUGGACAGUAGCACGGGCACUGACACGGCUUCGGAUUUGGGAGACACUCAGGGGUGUUCCUGCUGUGGUUUCGAAAAGACUUCCGCAACUUGUCAAUCGAGUCGUCGAUGCUCCUCCCAGUUCAAAGCCCAACGUUUGCGAUGGUUGGUCAAGGAAGACGAGGAGCGGGCAUCGAUUCCGAAGCUGAUUUCCAUGUCGGUCUCUCGGCCAUUCCACCUUCUCUUCACAGAGCCCGUCGUGUUCUUCUUCUCGAUAUGGUGCGCGUUUGCCUGGGCCGUUCUCUACUGCACGUUUGGAAGCAUUCCCCUGGCCUUGUCACGCAGGCGGAAUUGGGAUAUCGAGCAGUCGGGUUACUUCUUUUCCGCCAUGAUCGUUGGUUCGGUGGUCGCGACCGUGGUCGGUAUUCUUCAGGACAGGCUCCUCCGAUUGUCACAAUGGCGAGCCGACACCCCUGUCGACGAAUCCUCCCGGUUCUGGAUCUUCAUGCGGCGUCGUUUCCCUGCAGACGCGCCCGAAUCGCGCCUGUACUUCACCUGCAUUACAGCCACCUUCCUACCCGCGGGCCUCUUCAUUUUUGGGUUCACAGCCAAGAAAGAAUUCCACUGGACUGCGCCCGCCUUUGGCAUUAUGCUCGCGACUUGGGGCAUCUACUCGGUGUACCUGGCUACCUUUAACUACUUUGCCGAUAUCUAUCACAAGUACGCAUCCUCGGCGCUGGCUGCCCAGUCAUGUUGUCGAAAUAUCCUCGGAGGCGUCUUCCCGCUCGUCACCGGCGCGUUGUUUCGCAACCUAGGGGAGGAACGCGCGGGCUCGCUGCUGGGCGGGAUUGCCACGGGCUUGACCUUGAUUCCGUGGGCACUCGUCUUCUUUGGCGAACGAAUCCGAGCCAAGAGCAGAUUCGCUAUUAUACUGGAGUCUUCGCCGUAA